UUUCAAUCAUUUGUUUUCGGCUCGAGUGAAAAUUUUUGACGUCUUUUUUCUAUUGUAACGAUUAGAUUAGAUGUAUGUUAUUUAUUAGUUAAUGUUACUAUUUAAGUAAGAAAUGGAUAACAAAUUAUUAAGUCUAGUCCUUUUGUGUGUUUGUGUUACGCUUUUACCAAAAUUACCGCAGGUGUUCGCCAAAAGUGCUGUCGUUGAAUUGACAGAGGACAAUUGGAGAUUGAUGCUCGAGGGGGAAUGGAUGGUCGAAUUUUUUGCCCCAUGGUGUCCCGCUUGUAAAAGCCUCGAGCCCACAUGGAAGUCUUUCUCGGCUUGGAGUGAAGAUCUGAAUAUUAAAGUUGGACAGGUUGAUAUCACGACUUCUCCAGGGCUCAGUGGACGCUUCAUCGUGACAGCAUUGCCUACAAUUUAUCAUGUCAAAGAAGGUGAAUUUAGACAAUACAAAGGUGCCCGAGACAAAUCGUCGCUCAUUUCAUACAUUGAAGAUGCCAAGUGGCAGCAAACCGAACCUUUGCCAUCAUGGAAGUCGCCCACAUCAUUUCAGAUGGGGAUUGUCGCCAAUUUCUUUAAAUUGUCACAAAUCUUGAAGGGUCUUCACACCGAGUUGAUGGAAACGUACGGAAUUCCAACAUGGGGCUCAUACGUUUUAUUCGCGGUAACCACGAUCAUUGUUGGAGCUAUAAUGGGACUGGUGCUGGUGUGCAUUAUCGAUUUCUUCUAUCCACCUAAAACGGAUAAAUCAAAAGCUGGUCAGAAAGAGGAAAACCAGGAAGACACGAGUGAAGAGGAAAUAAGCAAAGAGGACCUGAUCGACGACAAUUCCGAAUUGGAGAAAAACAGCGGAAUUGACACCGAAGAAGACACCAGUUCCGAGAAGGACAACGAGGAGCAGAACCUGAUUAACCAGGAGGCAGGCGGUGACUCCAACAAAUCGAAUGCCGUCAACAAAAAGACACCAAACGCUUCGCAGAACAACAGCCCCACCAACAGUCCGCAGACCAGGAAACGCAAACCCAGAAAAGUAGACUGAGAUGAUGAUCGAGUGUGAUUGACGUGCGUGUGUGUACUUGUCUGUGAUUGCGAGAUUUUCUUUUCUACUUCUAUAUAUAUAUAUAUAUAUAAAUUUGAAGGUUGAAGUAUUGUUAUAUUAUAUAUUUGUGCGUGGAAUACAUUUUUUGUGAAAGGCUUGCCCCUUUGUUCUCAUCUCGAAUGUAGUUUAGGGGACGUCCAUUAAUCACGCGAUCGAGUUUUCAAGGAUUUUUGGGCCCUUAAUCAAAGGUAAAAUGACAUUUGUGCCCAUAAUUAUAAAAGUGGUCUAAGUCAUAUAUUAGGUUGUCAAAUAUCUCCCUUCCGCUUUUUUGCUAUUGGUUUAUAAUACAAAAAGGCGGAAGGGAGAUAUUUGACAACCUAAUAUUUCUUGUUUCGGGAUAUUUAAUGAUUUGCAUUUGAAUAAAUUAAAAAAUAUUUUUACAUUAUUUUAAUUUUCAAUUUUAUUGGUCUUAA